AUGUAUUCAACCGGAUCUUAUUCUUCGAUUUCUGUUGCCAUAGGUGACCUUAAUAAGGACCAUCGAUUAGACAUUGUCGUCGUGAACAAUGAUACUGGUAGCAUAGAUAUUCUCCUUGGUUAUUUUGAGGGUUUUGAAAAUCAAACAAGGUAUUCAGCUGGCUCUUCUCCACAAUCUGUAGUUGUUGGUGAUUUCAACAACGACACUCGACUAGAUAUCGUUGUCGUCAAUGAGUAUAGCAAUGAUGUGAGUGUCCUUCUUGGAAAUGGAAAUGGUUCUUUUGCAGAACAAACAAGAUAUUUAGUUGGUUCUCGACCAUAUUCUGUAGCUAUUGGUGAUUUCAACAACGACACUCGACUAGAUAUCGUUGUCGCCAAUUGGGAUAGCAAUGAUGUGAGUGUCCUUCUUGGAAAUGGAAAUGGUUCUUUUGAAAAUGAAACAAGGUAUUCAGCUGGCUAUUAUCCAUCAUAUGUAGUUGUUGGUGAUUUCAACAAUGACACUCGACUAGAUAUCGUUGUCGCCAAUUGGUUGAGCAGUGAUGUGAGUGUCCUUCUUGGAAAUGGAAAUGGUUCUUUUGCAGAACGAACAAGGUAUUCAGCUGGCUAUUAUCCAUCAUCUGUAGUUGUUGGUGAUUUCAACAACGACACUCGACUAGAUAUCGUUGUGGUCAAUGAGUAUAGCAAUGAUGUGAGUGUCCUUCUUGGAAAUGGAAAUGGUUCUUUUGAAAAUCAAACAAGGUAUACAGCUGGCGAAUAUCCAUCAUCUGUAGUUGUUGGUGAUUUCAACAACGAUACUCGACUAGAUAUCGUUGUCGCCAAUAGGGAUGGCAAUGAUGUGAGUGUCCUUCUUGGAAAUGGAAAUGGUUCUUUUGAAAAUCAAACAAGAUAUUCAGCUGGCUCUUGGCCACAGUCUGUAGUUGUUGGUGAUUUCAACAACGACACUCAACUAGAUAUCGUUGUCGGCAAUUGGGAUAGCAAUGAAGUGAGUGUCCUUCUUGGAAAUGGAAAUGGUUCUUUUGAAAAUCAAACAAGAUAUUCAGUUGGCUCUUAUCCAUCAUUUGUAGUUGUUGGUGAUUUCAACAACGACACUCGGCUAGAUAUCGUUGUCGCCAAUUGGGAUAGCAAUGAUGUGAGUGUCCUGCUGCAAUAUAACAGAGGAGCGAUAGCAUAUAAAAUGGCGUAUGCAUCUGGUGGUGGAUCUAGUCUACAAGGCGUAGUGAUUGGCGAUUUGAACAACGAUACGAACCUGGAUAUCGUCUUAGCUAAUUAUGGCACUAAUAAUAUUGGCGUCCUUUUUGGAUAUGGAAGUGGUAGUUUUGAAAACCAAAUGAUGCUCAGCACUGGCGCGAAUUCUCAUCCGAUUUCCAUCGCGGUUGGGGACUUCAAUGGUGACUGCGUACUGGAUAUUGCUUUAGCCAAUAAUGGUACCAAGCAUGCAGAUGUGAUACUUGGAAAUGGGAAGGGAAAAUUUGCAAUUCAAACAAGUUAUGAAAUUAGUUUUGAUUCACCUCCGUUAGUUAUGGCUUCUGGUGAUUUUAAUAAUGACAAACGAUCGGAGAUCGUGAUCGUUAACGGUGGAAGUAAUCAUGUGGAUAUCUUUGUUGCGUACAAUCGUGGUUCUUUUGAAAAUCUAAUAAGGUAUUCAGCUGGCUCUUCUCCACGAUCUGUAGCUAUUGGUGAUUUCAACAACGACACUCGACUAGAUAUCGUUGUCGCCAAUUAUUAUAGCAAUGAUGUGAGUGUCCUUCUUGGAUAUGGGAAUGGUUCUUUUGAAAAUCAAAUAAGGUAUUCAGCUGGCUCUGUUCCACGAUCUGUAGCUAUUGGUGAUUUCAACAAUGACACUCGACUAGAUAUCGUUGUCGCCAAUUGGUUGAGCAGUGAUGUGAGUGUCCUUCUUGGAAAUGGAAAUGGUUCUUUUGAAAAUCAAACAAGGUAUUUAGCUGGCUCUUCUCCACAAUCUGUAGUUGUUGGUGAUUUCAACAACGACACUCGACUAGAUAUCGUUGUCGUCAAUGAGUAUAGCAAUGAUGUGAGUGUCCUUCUUGGAAAUGGAAAUGGUUCUUUUGCAGAACAAACAAGGUAUUCAGCUGGCUCUUGGCCACAAUCUGUAGUUGUUGGUGAUUUCAACAAUGACACUCGACUAGAUAUAGUUGUCGCCAAUAGGGAUAGCAAUGAUGUGAGUGUCCUUCUCGGAAAUGGAAAUGGUUCUUUUGAAAAUCAAACAAGAUAUUCAGCUGGCUCUUAUCCACAAUCUGUAGUUGUUGGUGAUUUCAACAACGACACUCGACUAGAUAUCGUUGUCGCCAAUUCGGGUAGCAAUGAUGUGAGUGUCCUUCUUGGAAAUGGAAAUGGUUCUUUUGAAGAACAAACAAGGUAUUCAGCUGGCUCUGAUCCACAAUCUGUAGUUGUUGGUGAUUUCAACAAUGACACUCGACUAGAUAUCGUUGUCGCCAAUUGGAAUAGCAAUGAUGUGAGUGUCCUUCUUGGAAAUGGAAAUGGUUCUUUUGCAGAACAAACAAGAUAUUCAGCUGGUUCUCGACCAUAUUCUGUAGCUAUUGGUGAUUUCAACAACGAUACUCGACUAGAUAUCGUUGUCGCCAAUUAUUAUAGCAAUGAUGUGAGUGUCCUUUUUGGCUAUGAGAAUGUAGUUUUUGUAAAGCAAAUGAUACUGGUAACUGGAAAUGAUUCUCGACCGCAGUCUUUAGUAAUUAGUGAUUUUAAUAAUGAUAAUCUAAUGGAUAUUGGCCUCGUUAAUUCAGGUGCGCACAAUAUUGGUAUUUUUCUUGGAUAUGGUGCAAAACAAGGCAUUGUCUUGGCUGGUGGUCAAGGACAAGGAAAUGGUCUUACACAAUUGUCAUAUCCUCAAGGAGUCGUUGUUGAUCAAUUAAGCACCGUCUAUGUGGCUGAUCAAGGGAAUGAUCGAAUCAUGCGUUGGCUUAAAAGAGCCACACAUGAAAGUGUCAUUGUUGGUGGAAACCGUAGAGGAGAACAAGCAAAUCAAUUCAAUUAA